AUAAACGAAGCUUUUGACAGUAUAGUUGCUAUUCCUCUUCGCAGAGACAAAGCAUAGUGAGAGUGAAGGAAAAGUAAUCACCAGUUUGAAACGCAGCGUUUUGGUUUUCAUAUGCAUCCUCAAAUCUGAGACAUAUACCUUCUUCUACUGACAGGAUGAGUGCAAAGGUUGACACGACAUCUGCUGUUGAGAUUUCCAGUACUAAGAUGUCUGGAACAACUGCUUCGUCUGUAACACCAUCUAGUAGCCAGAAGGUUUCCAAGUUUGCUGCAAAAUCUGGAUUUGUUAUACCAAAAAACAAAUUAUCAGGCUCAUUAGUUCCGAUUUUUCGAGUCAAAAAGCCGGGAGGUGGUGACGCAGCUGAUGAGGAAAGUACCAAAGUGGUGCAGAGGAAAACAAAAUGGGGCCCUGAUCUCACACAGGAUGCUGCUGUCAAAAGGGGAAGAGCCUUAGCUUAUCAGACGAGGGUGGACCAAAUUACGCAACAGCUAAUAUUGGGAUCUUUGGAGGCUGGGGACACUCAAGACUCAUCAAUAACAGCUGAAAAGUUAGAUCACAGAUCUCCAAGUCCUCAAAGAAAUAGUGAGAAGUCGGAGCUUUUGGAACUUGAAAAGCGGGAAGCCAUAGGUGAAUUAUUGAAACUGAAUCCAAGUUACAAGGUCCCACCUGAUUAUAAACCAUUGUUGAAGGAGUCAAGAGUUCCAAUCCCUGUCAAAGAAUAUCCUGGGUUCAAUAUUAUUGGCCUACUAUUCGGGCCGGGAGGUGAGAAUCAAAAGCGAUUAGAAAAAGAAACUGGAGCCAAAAUACAAGUUUAUGGUAACAAAGCAGAGACAGGAGAGAAGGGAGAAAUUAAACCGUCUGAUGGAAAUGAAGUUCAGGGUGCUUAUGAAGAGUUAUAUGUUCAAAUAUCAGCUGAAACAUUUGAGAAAGUUGAUGCAGCGGUUUCUAUUGUUGAGCUGCUAGUCUCCUCAGUAUCAGGAAAUUUGGCUGCUGUAUCCACAGCAUCUACAUCAGUUUCUGGGGAUAAUAGUGAUGUUCUCACUCAAAGACAAGAUGCAGCCACCUCGCACAUGUUUCCUACAGGUGUAGUACACCAGGGAGCACUGCAACCAGAGGCCAGACCUACACAAACUCCUUUACAAGGUCAAUUUCAAUUCCCUGGGCUAUGGUUCCCAUCAGGUCAAUCUCACAGUGCAAUGCAUGCAUCUCCUGGCCUCUUUCCUCCAAAUCCUUCAGCACCAAGUCUCAACAAUUAUGUCCAUUUAUCCUCAUCACCUUUGAAUCCUUCAAACAUGCCUUCUUUGUUUGGGCCUCGACCAACUCCAAUGGUUGGAUUCAACUCAAUUCUCCAAAACCCACCUGCCGUUCCACCUAGACCACAGCCACCGACACAAGUUCUACAGAAUCCUUACAUGGGAGGUCCUUUUGGACAUAUUGGCCAACACAGAAAUCUUUCCAUGGCAGCGUUACAGCCCUCAUCAGCUCAGCCUAAUGUUUCAGGUCCAUUUCCAUUUACUAGUAGCCAACCCCCACCAACAAGGCCUUUAAUGGUUUCACUUCCUCAACCAAUGUCUGGUAUUCAACCCAGAUCAAUAUCUGACCGACCUCUGACCCCUUCUGGGAGCUCUACUGUAUGGUCUGCCCAUGGUAGUGCUUCAGCAUCUCUAGGUCUGAGUAACAUGGGGCAGAUGGCUCCACCCAACCAGCCUCAUCCUCAAAAUCCACAACCUGGUGUUGCAUCUAUGACACCACCUUCAAAUAUGUCAACAACCAGUUUGGGUUCACCUAUCAUCUUUCCUCAGCCAUCCACUCCCCAGUUUUCCAGUAAUGUUGUAAACCGUCCUUUUGCAACCCCACAUUUUGCAUUGAAUCCACCACCUCAAGGGGGAAAUCCAGCUUCAUUUUCUGCUUCUCUACACCAAACUCAAGCACCUAAUUCAUCUACAAACCCAGGAUUGGGAUCUGCACCAAUUCCUUCACCAUCAUCCACACAACCACCUUUACCUCUGCAAGCAGGAAGACCAAAUUCUGUUUCUGGAAGUACAACAAAUUUCACUUCCAUAAAACCACCGAUGGUGACAGCUCCAAGUUCUGGUGAUUUUACUUUUCAACCUCACCGGCCGCAGAAUCCAGUCUCUCAAACAGUUCCCACUGCAUUAAGCAGUCAACCUGCAAGUCAGAGUACUCUGCAGAUGCAACCUCCAACAACUCAGGCACCAUCUUUUCACUUGGCUAUGCCCAAAAUAACACCUCAACCUGGCAAUCAAGUCUUUCAAAGGCCACAGUUCAGUAAUCCAGUAGGUCAGCCGCAAGCACCUGUAUCUGCUGUUCCCUAUUCUGGAAGCCAAACGCCAACAGGUCCACCCAGACUUCCAGCAUAUCCAAAUGCAAGUGUUGCUCCUAGGACUCCACUCCCACAAAUGGGCCCAAGGAGCUUUAAUCCAGCUCCACAAAUGCCCAAUUUGCCUGGUCCUAUCCUUCCCAGGCCAGGGAAUUCUCUGCAACUUCAACAAAAUUAUCCAGCUCGCCCAACUAGGCCGGAGAUUCACUUGGCUCCAAAUCAACAAUUUAGCAACACUUUUGCCUUUGCUUCUAGUAAGCCAGGUUCUAAACCAGGCGGACAGCAGAUUUAUGAUCCUUUCUCGCCCACUUCUGUGCCUACCUCAAAGUCUGAGGGGUAAUCUGUCAAAGGUGAAUAAUCCAGAGUAGGAGGAUUUGAUGGGUUCAGUUGGAGUGAAAUAACUUGGGAGUUAGUACUACACUUGUUGGCUAACUGUUUGAAGGGUCAAUAGGGCCCAAAAGAGGAGUAUAAAUUUAUAGGUUUGUAGAAUUGACAGGUUUCUGUUUGUAAUGUUAUUUUUAUAGCAGUAUCUAUGUCGCAAUAUAAUUUUUUUCCCCACUGGUUCUCUUUA